AUGGCACGGUUCGAUAUCAACAACAUCCCCGACAACGAGGAAGACAUUGACUUCUCGGACAUUGAGGAGCGUUACCAGCUCUCGUUCGAGGAAGGGUUCGACAACAUCGUCGUCGUCGACAACAUCCCCCUGGUCGACGAGACCAAGGAGGAGAAGCUGAUCCAGUUCCUGAGAAAGAUCUUUAAGAACGUGGGAGAGAUCCGUGAUAAGCACUUUACAAUGCCCAAGGCUGUCAAUGAGAAGGGCAAGCUUAUGAGCAAGGGAUUCAUGUUCAUUGAGUUCGAGAAUGCGGAGCAGGCCACUUUGGCUGUCAAGUUGAUUGACGGCUUCAAGAUGGACAAGUCUCACACCUUGGCUGUCAACCGCUUCACCGACGUCGAGAAGUACUCGGCCGUCGAGGAGGAGUUCCACGCUCCCGCCGAGGAGGAAUUCAUCGAGAAGGAGCAUCUUAAGUCCUGGUUGGCUGAUGAGAUGGGUCGCGAUCAAAUGGUCAUCUACCGCCACAACGAGGUUCAGGUUCUCUGGAACAUGCAGAAGGAACAGCCCCAGAUUGCCCACAACAAGCCUCACUGGACCGAGACCUACGUUCAGUGGUCUCCUCUCGGAUCGUACCUCACCACUUUCCACGCCCAGGGUGUCGCCCUCUGGGGAGGCGAGUCAUGGAAGAAGAUUAUUCGUUUUGUUCACCCCGGUGUCAAGCUGAUCGACUACUCCCCCAACGAGCGUUUCCUUGUCACCUGGAGCAACGAACCCAUCGUCGUUCCCGAGGAGAACAACGACGGACCCUUUGGUCCCGAAGAUGAGGGCAACCAGAUCGUCAUUUGGGAUGUCAAGUCUGGAGCUCUUCUCCGUACCUUCCCCUCGCUCGCCCCCCAGGCUCCCAACGCUCGCUCGACUGUCUCAUGGCCCGUCUUCAAGUGGUCGCCCAGCGAGCGCUACUUUGCCCGCGUCACCCCCGGAUCCCAGAUCUCGGUCUACGAGGCACCCAGCAUGGGUCUUUUGAACAAGAAGUCGAUCAAGAUUGACGGCGUCGUUGAUUUCGAGUGGGCUCCCUCUGCUGGCGCUGAUAAGUCUGGCAAGCCUAAGGAUGACAUGCUCGCCUACUGGACUCCUGAGGUCGACAACCAGCCUGCCCGUGUCACUCUUCUCAACAUUCCCAACCUGGAUAUUAUUCGCACCAAGAACUUGUUCAACGUCAACGACUGCAAGCUUCACUGGCAGAACCAGGGCGACUUCUUGUGCGUCAAGGUCGACCGCCACACCAAGAACAAGAAGGUCACCUACUCCAACCUCGAGAUCUUCCGUGUCCGCGAGAAGGAUAUUCCCGUUGAGGUUGUUGAGGUCAAGGAGUCGAUCUUGGCCUUCGCUUGGGAGCCCAAGGGCGAACGUUUCGCUGUCAUCACCACCAGCGACCCCAACUUUACCUCUGCCACCCCUGGCUCGACCACCUUGAAGACCUCUGCCAGCUUCUACUACUUGGACAAGGGCAAGGGCAAGGAUACCCUCCAGUCGUUCAAGGUCAUCAAAACUUUGGCCGGCAAGUCCUGCAACACCAUCUUCUGGUCGCCCAAGGGCCGUAACGUCGUCUUGGCCACCCUCCGCUCGCAGACUGUCUGGGACCUCGAGUUCUACGAUCUUGAUUUUGAGCCCCUCGAGUCUGCUGCUGCCAAGGUCCCCACUGGUGGCGAGAAGGACCCUGCUGCCUACUUGCAGUUAUUGUCGUCUGGUGAGCACUAUGGUGUCACUGACAUUGAGUGGGACCCCUCAGGUCGCUUUAUUGCCACCAGCGCCUCUGUCUGGAGACACACUAUGGAGAAUGGAUACCAGAUCUGGGACUUCAAGGGACAGAUGUUGUACAAAGAGAACUUGGAGAAAUUCAAGCAGUUGGUGUGGCGCCCCCGCCCCAAGACUCUGUUGUCGAAGGACCAGAUCAAGAACAUCCGCAAGAACUUGCGCGAGUACAGCAGCCGUUUCGACGAGCAGGAUAUGGAGUCUUCGUCGCUCGUCUCGUCUGCCGAGCGCCAGCGUCGCCGUACCUUGUUGCAGGAGUGGGCCGACUGGCGCAAGCGUGUUGAGGCUGACUUGGCCAGCGACCGCGCUGCUGCCGGCCAGCAAGUUGCUGCAGCCCCUGCUGACGAUGAGGAAGCUGAGGAGGUUGAUGAGUGGAUUGAGGAGGUCAUUGACGAGAAGGAGGAGAUCGUCGCUUAA